CCAACUAGGCAGCAUUUUGUUUAUUUAUGUACACAAGUUGAAAAUAAAAUGCAGGAAUUUAAUGCUAAGCGCAGUGCGCUCUUCGCCUGUCUCGACGAUGCCAGCAAGGAAUUGAAGGGAACAGGUCUGGAUCAGAGCACAGCCCAGUCGUACACAGUAAAUGCUCUCGAGCAAGACGGUAGCGGCAGACAUGUGAUGCACUACCGCCGUGGAAGGAAUGUUGUUGGCAUUGGUGCCGAUAUUGAUCCGGAAGUACAGUUGAAGCGUAUGCGGGGCAAGGAAAGCAUCUUCAAGAAGCCGGAACUGCCCAUAGGACGUUGCCUCAAGCCCAGGAAAACACCCGAUUAUCAAGUGAACCCGCACAAAUGGAAAAAAUAUUCGCUAUCAGACGUCGAUAUAUCAGAUCAGACAAACUCGGCAGCUGCUUUAUCCUUUCUCCGGGAAAUUGAUGCGCAACGCGAGGCAACAGCCAAGGACUCUGAGAGCUGUGCUGGACAGAAAAUCGAAUUUAAGAAGUCCAGCAAACUAAACCGAAAUCUCAAACAACUAAAGCAAGACGAAGUCGAAGACGUCGCAUUGGACAAGCCCCAGUUGCGGGGGUCCAAAUUGGUUAUGCCCGAGUAUGUGAUUGGCCAAAAGCCGCCGUCCCGACAAAAUAAACCAAAACGCAGCACACAAAAUCGUGCUAUAGGUAAACUAACUCUGUCCCAUUUGCGUGAAGACAAUGAGGAGAUAGACGAGUAGUUUUAAGUAGACUUACGAAAAUUUAAAUAUGUAUGUAUAAAUAACUUUAUAUCGAAGAGUAGAAAUUGAGCAUUACAUUAUAUUAUUAUGUACGAGGGCUAAUUUGGAAUUACUGUAGCACAGAUAAGUAUUUAUAUAUAAAUGCAGAUUACAAUACUAGGCAGUACAAAAAUACGCAAAUAUAACAGUCUUCAACUACUUGUAGAAUCCGGGAUUAAAAUAUAGCUUUUUAUUGAA